CAGCAGAGAGGAGGAGGAGGAGGAGGAGGAGAGAGGAGGAGAAGAGGAGGACAGAGGAGAGAGGAGCGGAGAAAGAGAAGACGAGUCGCGGGGGGAGAAACGGCGAAAACGGCAGAAUUAUGAAGCUCAGCCGCCAUGUCUAAAGCGACGGUGAAGAAGCUGCACUGGCGCUCCAAGGUCCAGGAGAGCUUUGUGCCGCUGGGCGGCGGCUCCGGAGAGCUGGGGCUGGCCAUCGGGGGCGGGGCCGACUACGGCGAGUUCCCGUUCGUCACGGCCGCCCCUGGAGGUGGGGCCACAGUGGGCGACAUCAUCCUAGAGAUUGGUGGGACGCCAGUUUUAGGGAUGACUCUGGGCGACGUCAGAGGAGUCCUCAACUCCUGUCCUCAUCCAAUCAGAAUCAAGACGGUCUCACCAGGCUCGUCCCUCUGUAAGGACCUCAGGUUGUACCUCAGUAAAUGUUUCACCCCAGGAUCCAUGGACAGUCAACUACAGCAGCUCAUCCGAGAGAACCUGUACCUGCGCGCCGUGCCCUGUACGACCAGGCAGCCUCGGGACGGAGAGAUUUCCGGCGUCGACUACAACUUCGUGUCCAUCGAGGAGUUUUUCUCUCUGGAGGAGUCGGGGGCUCUGCUGGAGAGCGGCAAGUUUAAAGGUAACUAUUACGGUACGCCCCGCCCAGUCCACAUCGGCCCCGAGAGUCCUCCGAUCACAUACCAGGAACAUCGAAACCUGCUGAGGAACUUCAGGACGAGGAGUAAGUCUCUGAGUAACCUGGAGAAAGCAGUGGAGGAAGGAGACAACAGCGAGGAGGACAGCGGCCUGUCAGCAGGUUCAGCCGGAGCCCCGCCCACCGGCCUGCCUCUCAGCCAAUCGUGGGAGUCGGCGGUGGGGAGUCGAGACGGGACAGAAAAAGGAGUAAGAGGAGUCGGAAGAGGAAGAGGAGGAGGAGGAGGAGGAGGAGGAGGAGGAGGAGGGGGUCCACUGCCUGAGAACUGGGAGCUGGCGUUCAGUGACUCAGGAGAGCCAUACUAUAUAGAUCAUAACUCGAAGACGACCAGCUGGCUGGAUCCUCGAACCCAGAACAAAGAGACCCUGUCCUGUACAGAACUCCCAGAGUUCACAGACCAGCCCAGUCAGCUGAGGGGGUACUCCAUCCACACCCGACUCUCCAAAGGACCGCGAGGUUUCGGUUUCAACAUCGUCGGAGGAAGUCGACCCCGAGAGUUUCUGCAGGUGUACAGUGUCACACCUGGAGGACCGCCUGCCCUCAACACAGCCGACAUCCUGGUUUACAUCAACGACACCUGUGUGUUGGGUCGCUCUCAUAAAGAGGUGGUGGAGAUGCUGAAGUCGGUCCCCAUGGGUCAGAGUGUGGACGUGGUGCUGAGGAGAGGAUACCCGAUGCUCUACAACCCUGACGGAUGUCCCAAGCAGAGUCUGGAGACGCCACAGACCCCUAACGAACCCCCCAACCCAUCCAAUAUGACCCGCGGCCUAACACACCUCACCUACAGUCGGACACUGGAUGCCAACGGCAGCACGCCAGGUCUAGGCCAAACCCCGCCCUCCUACGCAGCUCAACCAAUGACAAAUGGCCUGACAGGCCCACCUACGCCAACAUCCUCUGACCCACCGCUGGGUCCACCUCCACCUCCAGAGAGAUCAGCCAAUCACAGUGACUCUGACGGCGGCAUGUCCAGUGCUGGAACACGAAGGUCGUCUCUGAUUCGUUACAACAGUAGCACCCUCCCCGCUCUGUCCUCCACCUCCCUCCUCCACCACCAGAGCUCCAAGUCUUCAGAGAGCGACCUGUCGACGUCCACGCUCCCCAUCUCCUCCUCCACGCUGCCCAUCACCUCCUCGUCCUCCCACACUUUGUCCAAACUGCCCCUCUCUCAGCCCGAGACCGGCCUCCAUCAGAACUCCACCAGCCCCACCACCGCUACCAACCCAUCCACUUCGUCCACUCCCCCCGGCGCUCCCGUCCAGCGCCCGCCGAUGCCCCAGACAUCCCUGGCCCUCACGCCGCCCAGGGACGUCCCACCCUGCGGCUUUAACGGAUGUCCUGCCAAUCACCAAGUGCCCCCUUCCUCCGCCUGCAGAGGGCUGGCGCUCCCGCUUGGUGCAGGGUCACCGGGGUCGGCCCCUGGGGGGGAGCUAGUGCCAGUGGCCCUUGGGCGCAGUGACGGCGGAGGGCUGGGGUUUAGCGUCACGGCGGGGGGGCAAGGAGGGCAGCUGGCUGUCGUGAGGCGGGUUUGGGAUCGGAGGAUGUGCCCCUCGCUUCAGCCAGGGGACGCUAUAAUGAAGAUCAACGGAGCCGACGUUCAAAGCCUCAGCUUCUCCCAGGUCCAGAGAGUCCUGCAGGAACACACCAAACAGGGAGAGGUGGUACUACUGGUCUACAGAGCAGGACCCGUCUCCUCCCCAGUCGUCACCCCAAACCUCUACAAGCCCCUCCCCUCCCCCCACGGCCUGGCCCCCUCCUCGUCCCACUCCCCCUCUUCAGCCGACAUGCCUUCCCCACCCACGGGUGCCUUGGUAGGGGGCGUCCCCCCACUCAGCCAGGCCGGUUUGGCCCUUGAGAGUCCACAUGAAGGAGCUCUUCUGACCCCAGGGAUCCACCAAGGGACCCCUCCUGCUCAGACUCCCAACGGACCCCCGGCAUCGACCCUCAUCCAGAGUACCAGUUUCCUGGACUCCGUUCCUGUGACGCUGACCUUAGAGCCACGUGAUUUGCUGGGAGUGGAGGAGAGCGCCGGUGGACCUCCCCAGGUCAGAGGUGGAGGACUGGGAGCCAUCGCCAAGGACGGAAGAGGAGGAGGGGUGAAGAAUGUGGAGGUGGACCUGAGGAGGCGACCAGGGGAAGGUUUUGGAUUUGUCAUCGCAUCCCAGGAAGUCUCCAGUGGGGCCCCCUCCCUGAUGUCCCACCGGUUCGUGACCGUUCGGAGAGGCAGCCCGGCGGCUCGCAGCGGGCAGAUCCAACCGGGUGAUCAGCUGGAGGCGGUGGAGGGUCGGCCGGUCGGGGGCCUGCAGCACCGAGACCUGGCCCAGAUCCUGAGGAGGGCGGGCAACACGCUACGACUGAGCAUCACGCCAAGACACCAUUCUUCGUCUCUGUCUGAAGGAGCCGACCUGGACAUCGACGGUCGGAUGCUCAAAGGGUCCCGGAGGUCAAAGGAUGAGUCCCGGUUCUACAGCGUGGAUCUGGAACGAGGUCCAACAGGUUUUGGUUUUUCUCUGAGGGGGGGCAGCGAGUACAACAUGGGCCUGUAUGUACUGGGCCUGAUGGAGGGGGGGCCGGCUCAACGCAGCAACAAGAUCCAGGUGUCCGAUCAGCUGGUGGAGAUCAACGGAGACAGUACGGCGGGGAUGACCCAUAGUCAGGCUGUGGAGCAGAUCAGACGAGGAGGACAUCGAAUCCACCUCGUCCUCAAGAAAGGAAACGGAUACGUACCCGACUACGUGGAGCUGUCCAGCCUGUCUCUCUGUAUGACCAACUCAAAGCAGGGAGAGCCCUGCUUCUACGUGAUUGGACGCACUGAAAACUCGCGGUCGGCCCUGAGGAAGGAGCCCUCUCCCCCUCCUCCUCUUUACACACAGAGGAGCAGGGCAUGGACCCGGUUACCAUGACAACCGCCUCCUUCAGCCACCAGAGGGGUGGAGGUACAGGAGGAGGAGGAGGAGAGGCAGAGAGGAGGAAGAGAAGAGAGGGAGAAACCAAACGAAAAACAGGAG